AUGAACGCAACUAGUGACCAGGACGAAAGCAUACCUCCCCCUGCUUACACUGAACAGGAAUUCGAACGGAAGGUUUCCAACGUUAUUCAGGCUUCUUUAGCCGAUGAUCAGGACGAAUGGGAGGAAUGGGAUGAAGCCAAAUUUGAGGCUGCCGCCUUACAAGCUCAGUCCAGCAUGUCGUCUAGUAGGCCGAGCAGUAGCGGGAAGAAACUACCACCAUGCAUCUACCCACCGGAAAAGCUAGCUAGGGAACUACACUCUCCGUCAUCUCAUUCAUUGGGUCAAUCCUCAAACGCAAGGAAAAUCAAUCACCCACCCACCCUUGAAUUGCCACAAUCCCACCAUCAGCUAUUAUCCCCUGGUGAUAUACAUUAUGGCGAUGAUGAGAAUACAUCAGCCCCACCUCCGGCUUUCACAGGCGUAGGCCCGUCGUUGGAUGGCCCGCCGUACGAGGAAGUGGUGAGAUUAUCGUACAAUCCUUACACGAGAGAACAAAUUUCCCCCAGGUUACCUUCACCUUCGUGGUCAUCACGAAGGGAAGAUAUCCCUCCUCGACCAUCUUCAGCGGCGACGAGCAUUCACUCGUACCUGUCUGAAGGCCUUGGAUCUCAUGAGGAAAGUCAUAACCAACGCAAUCUGUACCCAUCGACAUAUUCUCGGCAAUCCGCCAACUAUGCCCCCAGAGUGCAGCCAGCCAUCCCUCGAAUGGACUUCAAUCCUGCGGUUGCUUACGAACGACCAGUGCCGAGCGAACUUCCGGCUACAACCAGGAGUCAUGCACAACCGAUUGAUGCUUCUGCAUUUUACAACUCCUCCAUUUCUUCUUAUUUAAGCGUCAGGGAAUCUCAAACAGCACGUUCGAUGCCUCACCAGACAAAAUUCUUACCUCUUAAUACAUAUCAGUCUCAACUCUCGCCAGGCCACUUCAAUGGAAACCCUUUCACUACCCCCUCUCCAGCGUCCCCCAUUCCAACAUACCAUACUGUAUCACCACCAGCGAAUGCUCCAAGCUCCACACCCCUUCCUCAUCGUCCGAAUUAUCGACACGUAGGACCUGGACUUCAACUCAACUCGGAUGAACCGAGAUGGGCAAUGUCUGAACAGCAAUUCCCUUUUUAA